CCAAAACUCAUGAACGAAAGAAUCAAAGUAGGUGUAAGAAGAAAAGGAGCUAGAAAACGUUUUGUGGAGGAAAAAAGCUGUUACCUUGUAAGAAUGAAUAUUCAAAGAAUCAAACGUGCACCCGCUGUCCGAAAGGGGAUUAUCGUCCGUAGAAAGACCCAUUUGAUCGCAAUGAUGAAACGAGUGAGACAUCAGCUGGAGAGAAGUGGGGUUGUCCAAUAUCAGUCAACAGGAAUGGCUAUUCCGCAGCUCGUAGCUCUGGCAGACAAGUACCAACAGCAGGGGUAUCGUAUAGCCCUUUCUACAGAAACUAUUGAGUUUAUGGAUGAAGUGAUGACAGAGGAUCAAUUUAAAAACGAAAAGCGUUUAGGGAAUUUGCUUGUACUCAAGGUGUUUUCCCGAUAAUUUCGGUUCUGCUUGUCUGAAACGAAUUCUCUUUGUUUUGGACUUUAACGCCUCGAUAGCGUUGUCUCGAAUGUACAGUUAGGAAAAAGGAAAAAUGUAAGUGAAAAUCGUCUUCCGGAUGAAAAACAGAGGUGAAUUUGGAAUAUCUCAUCUGCGAUUUUCUUUGAGAAUGAAUGUAGAGCUUUGUACAAGUUUUGAUCUCUAUUGCUAAACUGUAAAUUUUUACGAAAACAAUGUCCUUUUAUUUGAGUUAAAAUACUGUUGAAAGCAAUGCCGUUUGCACCUUUGAAAAUCAAAGAAAUAUCCUCAAACUGUUUACGGAACAGCCAUAUCCCUUACUUUGGAUGUUUCUCGGGCUUUGCUUCGUCCUCUUAUCUCCAGUGACAUUCAUAUUUGGUACUUAUUAUUAUUUUUAAGCUAGACAUCUUAACUUUUAGAAUUCGAUGCUCUAAGUUCAAUGCGCUUAUACUUGCAAUUCUUUGAAGAUGCGAUUGGAUUCCUAGAUUUCAUUUACUAAAAAAGAAAAAAGGCGUGUAACUAUUUUCAAAUUUCUUUAUCACUUUUAGUUCUUUGUUUCUGUUUGUUUUACCAGUUCAUUUUCAAAAAUGGUUUCCAGCUCUGCAAUUGCAGACCGUACCAAAAAAAGGGUUUAUAGCCUUUGCUGAGUAUGAAAGAAAGAGAAAAAAUUUACGGUUUUGGGAAAAAGAAUAAUCAAUGGAAAGAUUUACUAAGGAUGUUGACUUGCACUUAUUGCAAAAUGGAUUUUCGUUAUUUUUUUUUUAUGGCGUUUUCGAAAAGAACCUUGCUACUAUUAUACUUUGGCUCUUUCAUUUUUUUUACUAAUGGGACGCUAGGAAUGCCCUAUAGGAUAGAUUGACAAAGAUGUUAAAGUCAAUUGGUUGAUUUGUUCAUCUGCCAAAUUUUCUUAACUGAAGAUAUGACCUGGAGACAUCAGAUUAUAGAAAGCUAUUUUGGUACUUAAUUUUUCCGUCGUUGAUAACCCGAGUUUUCUCUUCAAUUGCGAUGCUUCCCUUGAAAUAUUUUUUCACUUCCCUCAUUAGAAAAUCAAAUCUCGCUUCAUUAUUUAUUUAUUUUUUUUUGACCCAAAUAGUUCUAUAAUAAAAGACUGUAGGUUUGGCUAUUCUAAAGUAUUUGAUAAUAUUAGGAUUCCCUCUGACACAUAGAAUGAGUAUUGCUACUAUAUUUUCUCGGUUGCUUCCUUGCUUCCUUCCUUCAAAGACAUUCGCUAAUAAAAUCGUGUUGAUCUGAAAACAGGUUAUGGUCCUUACAAAAAGCGUCGUGAUUGAUGAAGAAUGGUACUGACAGUGAAGAAGCUCAAACACUUUCUUCCUAGCGAACGAGUUUGAAUUUAAGGCAUGUAAUAAGAAGGUUAUUUGAUGUUACAGCAUGUAUAUCAUUUCAUUAAAAUUCUUCUAAUAUAAUUAACAGAAAUUAGCCUAUUUAAGCACUAAUUAAAGAUAUGUGAUCUUUUGUUCAAAUAUUCAUGAAACGAGAAAAGAUAAGAACAGGCAAAAAAAUCGAGUAUAGCUAACAUUAUAUAAAUAAAAAUGAAAUAAAUAACCAAGUUGC